AUGCGUCUUAUGCAGCUGCGGCUGCCCAUCCGGGCAGCCGUGAAGCGGCCAACAGCGACGCCAUUAAUCACGGCUUCAACGGCGACGGCAGCACCAACUGGCAGCAGCAGUCUUUUGGCUGCCAAUACCGCCGUCGAGGGCCAGCGUUUUGCGUCCGUCAAGGCGCAGGGCGCUUACCGGGUGACGUUCAAGAAGACGAUCCCCAAGAAGAUGGGCGCCAAGCGCGUAGGGGACCAAUACGUCCUGCCCGGCACAAUUAUCUACAAGCAGCGCGGCACGCUCUGGUUUCCCGGCGAAAAUACCAUCCUCGGCCGCGACCACACCAUCCACGCCGCCGUCGCCGGCUACGUCAAGUACUACCGCGACCCCUACAAGCACCCUGACCGCCAGUACAUUGGGGUCACCUUUAACCGCAACGAUACCCUGCCGUACCAUCCUCACGCCGCCCGCAAGCGGCGGCUCGGCAUGGUGGCCGUGCCCCGCAAGCCCCAGCCCACGUUCGAGCCCUUGACGCGGAGUGGCAUCCCGCGGCGUGUGAUUCGCCGGGCGGGCGUCAUUGAGGCCAGUGCAGAGCCAUCCGACGGCGCCGAGGCGCAGGAGAACCCCGAUGUGGCGGCUGUGGAGGCGGCCGAGGCGGCCGCCAACGAGCCCUCCAGCUCCAGCUCCAAAUACCAAAAGGGUGGCGAGACCAAGGCGGCACGGGCAGCACGCCGGUGGAACGCGUACAUUCGCAUCAAGCGGUCGAACCGCGUGCUGUUCGUGGGCAAGAACUACCAGUACCGCGAAUCCAACUUCCAGAUUGGCCGUCUGAUGGGCACGCACAAGGGCAAGACGCCCGGCACACAGCGCUACGGCAGCCGCCACGCCAUUCUGCGGCACCGGAGGAAGAAGCGGGACGAGCAGCUGCGGAUAGACAGAGAGCUGGCACGGCAGCAGCACAUGAUUUCGGCGGAUAAGUCCAACAAAAACACUGGCAAGGCGUCCAAGAAGAUGGCCAAGGCCGAAAAGAAGGCCAAGGAAGCCUCCAAGAAGGUGGUGCUCAGCGGUCGGGUUGUGUAG